CGUUCCCGUUCCCGUUCCAACCCAGUCGUCGUCUUCUUCUUCGCGAGAAGCGCCAGUCCUCAACGUCGCCAUGUCGAUUCCUACUGCUGCUUCGCGUGCGAGGGAAGGACGAGUGUUCAAGACGAAGCUCAUCCAGUUCCUCGGUCGCUCCACGCAAAUCAUCCUCCAGGACAAAAACGGCCCUUGUCCUCUCUUUGCCAUUUGUAAUAUUCUUCUGUUGCGGAACAUGCUGAAGUUGAGUACAGCUGAGGUUUCUCAAGAAACAUUGCUGUCUUUGGUGACCCAACGACUGAUUGAUUCCAACAGCAAUAAUACUAAUAGGGAUGCUGGCUAUGUUGAAAAUCUACGACACAACAUGGCGGACGCAUUUGAACUGCUGCCACGUCUUGCCACUGGCAUUGAUGUCGAUAUAAAGUUCAGGAGGAUACGUGACUUUGUACCCACCGGAGAAUGUGCAAUCUUUGAUCUGCUGGACAUUUCACUCUAUCAUGGCUGCAUUGUUGAUCCCCAGGAUCGUGAUAUUGCAAUGGCAAUCGGAUCCAAGUCAUAUAAUGCCCUUACGCGUGAGCUUGUUGCACGAGAACUAAAUAUCCCACAACAGAGGAAAUUAGUGCAGAAAUUCUUGGGGAGCAGCGCCGGUCAGUUGACCAAUUAUGGCCUUUCUUGUCUGCAACGUGAUGUUAAAGAGCGAGAGCUCUGUGCGUUCUUUGAUAACAAACAUCUCAGUACCAUGUUUAAGUAUGAAGGUCAACUAUAUCUGUUAGCUACAGACGAAGGUUUCCUAGAUCAGCCUGAUCAUGUGUGGGAGAAAUUAGAAAAGGUCAAUAGGGACAACGUGUACGUGUCCAGCAAUUUUGAGGAAUAUAAGAUGGUAAGUCAUACAAAUGAUACAUGGGAUGAGCAUAACGCCAUGGCCAGCACAGAUGACUAUGUUGCCAGCGUCGACAAUGCAACCCAUGCAGACUUGAAUGAUCUUGACCUUCAACUGGCAAUGGCUCUGGAGCAAGAAGAGCGAAAGCAACAACCACCACAACGCAAUAAUGUCUAACCACAGUCAAUUGGUGGUUUAAGGCUGAUCUCUGGUCCCAGGUUUGCUGAACAUCUUGUUUCCAUGUCUUAUUUGAGUAAUCUUAUUAGAUGCUUUUGGUAUAAAGUUGGGUUGUGCAACUGGACCGGUUCUACCUGGGAAUCGGACUAGACCGCCCUAAAAGCCGAUCUGGUUUCCUUGUGGAAACUGGUCCGGUUUGCGGUCUCAAGUGAAGAACCACCCAGGAGCCGGACCGACCGUACCGGUUUUACAAA